AUGCAAUCGACGAAGGAGAGUGAAUUUUUUAAAGAACUUGGUAUAACCUUCGAUAAAGUUAUUGGAGAAGGUGGCUAUGGUAUUCUUUAUCUGGUAUAUCACGAACAAUACAAAUCAUAUUUCGCCAUGAAGAAGAUUCCCGAAAAAAGAUUCAACCAAGCCGAAAUUGACUGUCUCAAAAACAUCGAUCACCCAAACAUUGUUUCUUUAUACAAGUAUUAUUUCUUUAAUGGCUUUGUUUAUCUUUUAAUGGAAUACUGCCCUGUUGACCUUUCAAUGAUUCUUCAGAAACAAUCGGAGCUCGAUGAAGAAAUUCUUCGCAAGUAUGUUCAUGAUAUCUUACUUGCUAUUAAGGCUUGUCAUGACAGAUGUAUAGCUCACUCAGAUAUCAAGCCUUCUAAUUUCUUAAUCGACAAGUAUGGGCGUAUCAAAGUAUGUGACUUUGGUUUCUCUGACGUUUACGAGAAUUGCAGUUGCCAAAUGUAUUGUGGAACUUUAUUAUUUAUCGCUCCAGAGGUUCUCAAGAAACAAGAAUACAAUCCAAUGAAAGCCGAUAUCUGGGCACUUGGUGUUACCCUUUAUUACAUGGCAACAAAGUAA